AUGAAGGAAAACGAUGCUUCUGAGGGGCACAGUACAGUUACCCCACCCCGCAAAACCUACGGCAAUCCUCCGGUAAGUCGCGUCCCCUUCCGAGGGAUGGCCGGACACCUACUCGCACCUGGCGCGCCUCGCCCAUCCCCCCCUCGAGAACUCUCAACACCUCCGGUCCAUUCUCAGACGUCUCGCCCCCCCCACCUCGCGCGCCCGCCUCCACUCGCCCAUUCCCCCGAGGGUGCUCCCCGACGCCAGACCCCUCCUCCACGCCCCUCAAAGGCCCUCCUUCUCUCGAGCCCAAGGUAUUUUUCCCCUUCCCACUCGCGCGAUCUUCCUUCCUUCCUCACAGCCCGGAGCCAGGGGGCCUCCCCACCAACGCGGCCGGGCAGACUGUCACCCUCGUCCCACGUCCCUACCCCCUAUACACCCCCGACCCCUCGGCCCCAGCCGACAGGCUCCCCCGCCCCCGCGCAGAGCCCCAGCUCGCCCGGCCCCCGGACUUGUUUACUCACUCAUCUUCCAUCCCUAGGCUCGGCAACCCAGCAGCCAGAACGCAUGCGUACUGCUAGCCGCCUCGCCCCGCCCCCCGCACAGCCCUUCUUCCUGCUUCGCAGGCGUCUUUUUGGGAGCAGCGCGUGCUUACUUUGA